AGCAGGCGAGACAAAGGCAGGGCAGGUAAGCGAGCGAGGGACUCCAUCUCCCCUCGCAUCUCUCUCUCUCUCUCGCGAAAGACUUCUACCGACUAAGAAAUUCCUGCUACACACUCUCACCAGCAAUUUCCUCUCUGUUUUGCACCACCACCGUCACGAUGGAUCCCAAGCCUUCACCAACCCCACAAAACGCCAAUGAAAUCCCUAAUAAACAGGGACAAAGGGACUUUUUGAAUCAUUUAGAAGUAUACCUUGCAAAGCGAGAUGGGGUUGACAAGCUCCUCAAGAUCUCACGUUACGCAACCAAGAUCAUCUUAGCCUCAUCCGUCCUCCCCGAAACCUUAAUCGUAACGAAACGACUCAAGAGUUUCGAAUCAAGUGUUGGACUCAGUCGCAAAGCAUUCCGACUUGGGAAAUUCGUUCAAGAUGUCAACGCAUUAAGAGGCUCUCAUUUUGAUUCAAAACAAGAAAUCAUCCUUUCCUUCAUUGCCUAUGGAGGUGAAGGUUUUUAUUAUUUUGUUGAGCAAUUUGUUUGGUUGGCUAAAUCGGGGUUGAUCGAUAGCAAACACUCCAAAAGUUUAGGAAAAAUCAGUGCUUGGGCGGAGUUUGUUGGGUAUAUAGGGAGUAUUUCUUUGAAAUUUAGAGAUUUAAAGAAAUUGAGUGAAGAUGAGGUGUGCCUGGAAUCCAGCGUUGGAAUUGCAGUCACGAGAGGAGUUGGGCAUCAAGAGGAAGAGAGGAGAUUGUGGAAGCUGAGAGAGAAGAAGCUGAUGAAGAAAUUAUCAAUUGUGCAGGAUUUUGCUGAUGGGCUAAUGGCUCUGGCUGAUAUUCGUGACGGCAGAGGGCAAUUUUCAGGCCCCCUUUUGGUAUCUUGUGCAGGCCUUCUAUCUGCUCUUAUUAGUACUCAUAAGAAUUGGGUCUCUUGCUGAGAUUGUCACUCAUCGUGGAAGCAGCAGAAGUAACUCAUGGUUUUCAGAGUGAGUCCUGGAUGCCUAAAGCAUUACAGGAAACAAACUGUGGUUUGAAGGAUAUCUCUGCUCCUGCUGCUGGUUUGUUCUUGUCCUUGCUACCCUUCCAACCAAACGAGAUAAGAGCAUUUUGAUUUUUCAAGAUUUCUCUCUAGGAAUGUUUGCUCCAAGUGAAUUCUUGAUGCGUAAAUAUCUUCGCUACGUGAUUGUUAAUAAGGUUCAAAAUAGCAAUGCUUAGACAGCACUCAAAUACCUCUAAUCCAUUGAACUGUGAUUCUUGCCAAAGUGAUGAACAAUUGUCAACUUUGAACUCGUGGGUUUUUGCACUCUCGUAGACAUCUAUAAUGGAUAUGGGAACAAUUGCAAAUA